UUUGGGUCUUCUGUUGCGCAUGCGCCGUGUAAAAAAUGUGCUUGGAAAUUAAGUGUCUGUCUUGGAGAAGUCGAGUUUUAAAAAGCAUCGACAGCUCGUGAUAUGACGACUUCACUGGUCCUGCAUCCACGCUGGGCGGACACCUUUAUGUACGUGUAUGAAAAAAGCCCGAAUGAAAAUAAUCAGAAUAAAAACCAAACUAUGGAGGGACUAGGUGGGAAUUGCCCCGCUUCCCACUGCAGGGAUCUGAUCUCGCACCCAGCGCUUGGACGGCAUUCUGGCAGCAUUGCCCCUCACCAAGGCUCUGUGUACUCGGAUAUAUCUUCUUCAGACACUGGGCGACAGUGUCCCGCUCCGCAAACUUCGUCCAGCGCAACGCUUGGAUAUGGCUACCCGUUCGGAAGCCCUUAUUAUGGGUGUAGGUUGUCUCAUUCGCACAACGUGAACUUGCAGCAGAAGCCCUGCUCUUACCACCCGCCUGAGAAAUACGCAGAGCCCAGCGGCGCGCUACCCACUGAAGAACUAUCUAGCAGGGCCAAAGAAUUCGCCUUUUACCCGAGUUUUGCCAGCUCCUAUCAGACUGUACCGGGUUACUUAGACAUGUCAGUGGUACCCAGUAUCAGUGCACACCCGGAGCCCCGGCACGAGGCACUGAUACCAAUGGAAGGCUACCAGCACUGGGCUCUUUCUAAUGGCUGGGACGGGCAGGUGUAUUGUUCCAAAGAACAAACUCAAUCGACUCACCUCUGGAAGUCGCCGUUCCCAGAUGUGGUUCCAUUACAACCAGAAGUCAGCAGUUAUCGUAGAGGCCGCAAGAAACGCGUGCCAUAUACCAAGAUUCAACUGAAGGAGCUGGAAAAAGAAUAUUCCGCCAGCAAAUUCAUCACCAAAGACAAAAGACGGCGCAUCUCAGCCACAACUAACCUCUCCGAACGCCAGGUUACCAUUUGGUUCCAGAAUCGUCGGGUGAAAGAGAAGAAAUUUGUCUGCAAAUCUAAAACCAGUGCCCACAUGCACCCUACCUGAUCCCCCUCUCAUUCUCAUCAAAGCUUAAACAAACCAUUUAAAAGUAAAGCAGAACAAUAUCCAAACAUAAUUUUCGUCAGACAAUUACGCCUGAAAAGAACUAUACCCCGCCUCGAAAUCCCGUCUUGAGAGUUUGUUUUAUUCAAAAGUCGAAUUGUAUCACCAGUACCAACUGCCUCUCGGCUUAUUAUUUGUAUUUUUUUUUCCUGUGGGAGGAAGAUUUCAUUUUAAUCUACGUCUAUAUGCAGUUCUUCCUUUUCCUCGUCUUCUCGGUUGAGGAAAGACCGAUUGUAAACAUGAUAUAGUUUAAGCGGUGAUGCCAUCGAAGCUCCGAAAAGGCUAGAGCAGAAACUGCGAGAUUUUGAACUGUAUUACAUCCUUACUUCAGAUAUGCUGAUAAAAUGGACACUAAAUGAUCUUUUGGGAAUGGUUUUUCGUCCAAACUCUUUCAAACGAUAUUGGGAUGGGGAACUUCGAUCUUCAGAGAGCUUGUGUUUUAAUGAUACUUUGACUUUCUAUUUUUAGUGCCUAUGGUAUUCGCAAGGCUGCUAAUUCUGAAAUGCACAGAACGAUGCAUUUAUUAUUUAAUUAAUAUUCUCUUGUCUGACUGCGAUUGUAAAUUCAAAUGUUUUAAGAAUUUCGUAUUUUUAAAUGAAGGAUAUUGUCUUUGCCUUGUAACUGGAAUGUCUGUAAUCAAUUAAAAAUAUUAUACCAUUAAUGCACAAUUGUUCUCAUAGUUUCAGUUAUAAAGGUAGGUCUUCAUGCAUUCCUGUAAAAGCAAUAUCGUCUUUUCUGUGUGCAGUACGUUAACUGUGAUGUGGUGUUCGAUGACAAUAUACUCAUAGGCAACGUGUUUCAUAAAUAAUAAAUAAUAAAAUAAAAAUAUGCAUAAAUACGA